AUGGGCAGUCCUUGGUUUACGCGCUCAGAUGAGCAUAAUCAAAACAACCAUCAUCAUCAAAACGGCUCAAAUAACAUGGCAGAGGUGGGCAUGGCUGCUGAGACUAAAGAUAUUUACCGGAAGAGCAGUUGGGACCCUUGGCAAGAGUGGUCUGACGAGGAAAUCGGAGUCGAUGGACGAUCAUCCCACGCUUCAGCCAAGUACGCACUCAUUGUCCGACGUGAGAAAGAGCAUGGUGAGAUCGAUGAAUCAGUCCUUUCGCUACACUCGAUCACAGUACAGAGUCCACUACUCAAAAAGAUUCUCGGUCCGGUUUUCAAAGGGUACAAGGGUAUCAACACCAACCUCAAGAAGCUCGAAUUCCAUGCGCCUUUUCGAGAGUUUUUCUAUAGAUGGGAUGAGUUCAACCAAGCAGAUCCGAGAAAGGAAUCAACGGAAACCUCCGAGGAGUGCUCGCAUUACAAGCUUCUGGCAGAUAUCAUACAUGCCGAGAUCAAGCCGCGCAUUGAGCAAGCCACGGAUCUUCUUGACAAUGGCGUUAUAUCGUUUGAUUAUGUGUGGACACUCUUUGAGCCUGACGUGGAAGUCUACACCAAGAUCGAAGGUCGUGAUAGGCUGUUCAGGUUGGUCAGCGGUAAUUACUCCAAGACACCAGAAGGAACGGUGGCAUACGUGCUUAGUGUGCGGUUCAUCGACACCGAUGGAGAUACCUUCGGGUACACGGAAACCAACCUGACUAUAUUACCUUUUGAGAACGUCAUACCCAUUUUGGAGCUAGCUGUUAUCCCGGCGCGUCUAUGCCCCGAUUUCGAUCAAGUCAGGGAGCGACUCGUCCAGCGUGGUCAACUAUUUGAGAGCUUGCAAGGGAUCAACCACAAGACGUAUUCUGGGAUGUAUAGUUUGUCUCACACGGCUUCAGGAUUACCAAAGCAGCGCCAUGUUACAGAUGAGCGGAUCAUCAUUGACUGCAGAACAUUCUUAUGGUUUAACCGUGGCAUGACCGGUCCUCUUCAACCACUUGAGUCUUCAAAAAGCUUUGUCUUUCGUGGUAACGAGCCAAACCAUGAUAAGUCGGUUGAUUCGCUCACGCAUAGGCCUCUACCAACGAAGCCAUACGUCACAAGAGUUCUGAGCAAUGGCUCAAAGACUUCAAGAUUAUUCGAUAUUGAGCUCGUCAAGGAUGUGGUAUGGAGCUCAACAGCCUUUGAUCAGCUAGUGCUGCCACACGACUACAAACGAAUUAUCCAAGCAUUUGUUGGUGCUCAAAUGUCUGGGUUAGACAAUUUCGACGAUGUAAUAAAAGGCAAAGGAAGGGGGAUUAUCAUGCUUCUGAGUGGAGAGCCGGGAACUGGGAAAACACUCACAGCUGAGUCCGUUGCCGAGAUAAUGCAAAGGCCACUUUAUAAUAUGAGUGCUGCCGAGUUAGGAGAUGUCGCCCAAGAAGUUGAGCAGAAGCUAGACUGUGCUCUCGAGCUCUCAACACGAUGGGGAGCAGUCCUCCUGCUCGACGAGUGCGAUGUCUUUCUCGAAUGUCGAACUACCUCUGAUAUCAAACGAAACAAACUCGUCUCAAUUUUCCUUAGACUCCUGGAAUACUUUGAGGGCGUCAUGUUUCUAACAACGAACCGAGUCUCAGCAUUUGAUCCGGCUUUUGAGUCUCGAAUUCAUCUCACUAUUCACUAUCCUAAUCUGGAUUAUACCAGCAGGUUGCAUAUUUGGAAGACAUUUGUGAAUAUUGGCACCGAUGGUAAUAGUCUUUCUGAAGAUGAACUGGACGAAUUAGCCGGUGUCGAGCUUAAUGGGAGGCAGAUAAAGAAUGUGGUCAAAACUGCAAGACUUCUUGCAACGCACGAGAAGACUCAACUGGCCAUGAGUCAUAUCAAUACGGUUCUGAGGAUCAAAAAGGGGCUAGCAGGAGGGCCAUAA